AUGGAAUACACUCAAGCCUUCGUGGAUUUUCGCGCAGCCUUCAGUCAAGUUUGGACCUCGCAUGACGAGCUGGACAUGGAAGAGGGUAGCCAUCGAAUAUUUGACGAGGGCAUGGGGCCGCACAGUUUCUUGAAUCGACACCAGAAUGGUCUUCAUACACUUGAUAUCAACACAGGAGCGCCUGUGCGGUUAGGCAUGAUGUCCGUCAUAUUCUGUGUCUCUCUCCUUGCCGUAUCCUUUCCGACGCUGUCGAAGCGGGUCAAAUAUCUCCAGAUUCCCCGAGCGGUGUUCUUCAUGGGCAAACACUUUGGAACAGGCGUCAUCCUGUCUACAGCGUUUGUACAUCUAUUGCAAGACGCCUUUGAAUGUCUUCAAGAUCCUGAAGUCAAGAAAAGCACUAACAUAGGCAGCUGGACAGGGUUUAUCGUACUAGGAUCUUUGCUUAUAAUAUUUAUGAUCGAAUACAUCUCAACCUCUUUUGUCGAUCGAUAUCACUCUUACCCUUCUGCGCCGCCGAGCCCAAAGCUAGAACCCGCAUCUUUGGCUCUAACCCCCGAAAUCGCUCCUCCUGAGCGCACGACCUCUUACAAUUCAGAAGUUACUAUUAAAGCUUUUCAACCUCCCUUAGAAAGCACCCCGCUCCUGGGGCCCUCAUCGUCCAGGCCGACUGCAUCGAGCCGCACAUACUCUCAACCAGCCUCAGGCGUCCAUGGGCAUAUCCAUGUCCAUGACUAUACAAUUCUGGAAGGUCACCAUCGCCAUGAACUGCGCUGUGCUCAUGAAGAACACCACGAGCGCCCACUACGGGACACGAUGAAUGUUCUUGAUGACGGACUUACUCACACCCGUUCGCAUAGCUUCAGUAAUGGGCAUGCUCAUGCGCACGUAGAUCCGGAGAGUAUCUCGGAGGAUGCAGAGGAUGAAAGCGAAGACGAGGAGAUGGCGGUCGGGAGAAAACGACAGAUCGUCGGCAUCUUGGUCCUUCAACUUGGUAUCAUGAUCCACUCGCUUGUCAUCGGGCUCACCCUCGCGAUCGCAUCUGGGGCUGACUUCACAUCCCUCGUGACUGCGAUCGUCUUCCAUCAACUAUUCGAAGGCCUUUCGCUCGGAAUCCGCAUCGCAGGACUCCCAGCACCAGAUCCCUCUGCACCACAUCAGAUGUCCCUCCUCAAACCGAUUCUCGCAUCCUUGUUCGCAGUGACAACACCCGUGGGUAUCUUGAUCGGACUCGCCUCGUUCGGCGUCGGGUCCAGUAGCGAAGAGAGCCUCAUGUCCGCCAUAUCCGCGGGAAUGCUGAUAUAUGCAGCGUGCGUUGAGAUGCUCGCGGGCGACUUUGUGCUCGACCCAACCUUGUGGAGAAGCGGGAUCGGGAAACAGGCUGUCGCGUUGAUCAGCUUGCUCGCGGGUGUGAUGGCGAUGGCCGUCAUUGG